ACCUUUUAUUGCUUCCCGACCUUCAUUCCUUUCUCUCUUUCUUCGAGGGGAGUUCCUCAGCCUUCUAGGACUAUUAGUUCUAUGCCAAUCAACUACCGGUCCCUUCAACUUUCGCGAGGUUUAAUUCAUUGAAUCCCAAUGUUGAAGUUAAAAAGAAGAAGAACAAAUGUCAUUUCUUCGUUUUGUUUGCUAAUAAGAGGAAGCAAUAUGUUCUUUGGUUUUUUUUAAAUUAACGGUAAGUGUUAACUUUUUUGUUUGUGUGUGUUAUUACGUUCCCAGCAGAAGUAAAUCUCAUAAUGAAUGAAUCCUUUAAAUUGUUGAGUUCUAUGUCCCCUAAAUGUAACCAGAAAACAGUGACCAAAGCAGUUAAAGUGCUCGCCUUAAACAGACACGUGAGAAGGUCUUCAAUAUAUGCAAAAAUCCCAACUAUUCGAAAUGAGAAUUUGGUCUUGGUAGAUGGAAGUACCAACUCGUCAUCCAACAGUAAGAGCAAGCUGGAUGUAACAGCCUCUAAAGUACAUGAUGUGAUUGUUAUCAACUCUAGUAGUGAUAAUGAAGGGGAAGACAAUAAGCAAACAGCACCGUUGUAUAAUGACAAUAGAUCAAAAACAUCUAGAAUUCAAAAAUGGUUGGCUGAGAUUGAAGCUGAAGACAAGGGGACUUUAACUCAGUUUAGCCAGGUUUCAACGAUUUAUGGAGAUGUUGCUUUAAAUGAGAAUGGUUGUGCUAUACAAUCGACUUUUAUUGACCCUGCGACCCGAAGGUUUGAUGAACUUUUUAAAACCAAUUCUGUUUAUGUAAAUAAGGAAACUGACGACGCCGUUCUGGAUAAAUCUGAUGUAUCAUUGGAGUUGCAAUUUGACAUAAGUUUGCGCAGCAAACUUCUUUCCAAAUCCACACAAAAUGCAGAUCGAAAUAAAAAAGAACUUAUGGAUUUGACUCCCCAAUUGUCUAUGGAUAAGACUAAGGACCAGUUCAAAACUAUUAGAAGAAGAAACAACAAAUACAAUGAUACAUUUGAACCUAGUAAUAUAGAAGCUGAAACAUUGUUGGACACGCUAUAUGGUACCAAAUGGAGGGACAAGCACGAACAAGUGUUACCACAGACUGAACCAAGGAAAGGUAACCAUUCUUCUACUUAUCUUGAAAAUAGUUUAUAUCACAGAGCGGCCACAGACAGGAAAAUAAUAAAUUGCAAAAAGAAAACCUUACAACCGAAGUCGCCAUGGAUGGAUAAAUUCAAAGAAAUAUGUGAUUCAGAAACAGACAGCGAUGAUUUAAAUAUUGGAAAUAGGGUGAAUGUUAGAACUAGAUUAGAGUUUGAUAGUGAUUGUGAUUCUGACAACAAUUUGAGAAUUCAAAAUAAGGGUAAAGGUUCCCCUUUAAGUGAGACUGAGGGUGAAUCCUUAGAAGAUAUAAUCCAAAAAAAAUUAAAUAGUAUUUUUCUCACACCGAAAGUAAAUCCUUUAAGUGACAGUAAUAAAAAUGACAAUUCUAAACAUAAUGAGGACAACAAAGCGAGGAUGAACAAUAAAAAAUUAAAACAUAAGGAAAAUGUAAAGCCUACGGGCGAUAGGGAGUAUGCCACGGAUAAUAAAAAAAAAAUCAAAUCUAGAAAUCUUGGUCAGGAUGACAAAAUACAAAAUACGAAAAAGUUUGCGGUGCGGACAGGAACUGUAAGUAGCAGUAGCAGCAGAGAUUUUACGGAGGAUUCCAAUUCACCUUCCAGUGACGAUGACUUUGAUAAAGAAGUCACGCGUAUUGUUGAAAGUCGGAAAAGAACCAAGAAACCUUCAAGUGAAACUUGCAGUUUUUUAGAAUCCUUAUCAGGUCAGGUGCCACUGCUAAAGUGCGACGCAGCAGCCAAGAUCUUUCGCACAAGUUACAAGCACUAUCGUGACGAGUUAGUGAAGAAACUGUUUAAUUUAUACAACGACAAAGUGUUUGAAGGCAUUAUACCGAGGGACACGGCUAUCAAUUGGAACCAUAAUUUGAGAGGUACCGCCGGUUUGUGUCAUUGCAAAAGGAUAACUCAUCGAAAUGGUAAAGUGGAAAGGAUUGUGUCCAUUAGCCUUUCAUCCAAGGUUUUGGAUUCGCCAGAUAGAGUUAGAGACACUUUGAUACACGAAAUGUGUCAUGCCGCUGUGUGGAUCGUUAAUAUGGUGUCGAACGGACACGGACCAUAUUGGAAGAAGUGGGCUCUUCAUGCGAUGACAAUUUUCCCGGAAUUGCCUCCAAUAAAAAGAUGCCACUCUUACGUCAUUAAUACUAAAUAUACCUACAGGUGCCAAGGAUGCGGACAGACCAUUGGUAGACAUUCCAAAUCGUUAAACAUCGAACGUAAAAGAUGCGGCUUGUGUUAUGGGAAAUUCGAAAUCUUGAUUAACAAAACCACAAAGAAUGGAGAGACUAAAACGGUACCGGUUACACCGAAAAGGGAGCCGAGCCAAUUUGCUCUUUUCGUGAAAGAGAAUUAUGCGUUAUACAAGGAACCUUCGCGAAAACAUGGUGACGUCAUGAAAAUUUUGGGACAAAAAUUUGCAGAACUCAAAGUGCAAACCGCGUGAAAAGCGCUAUUGACUAUUGACGACGCCCGUAUAGUACUAUGAUCGUUUUCAGUACCCUAAACUGAUGUUUUUAGUUUCGGUAGAAAAUUUUAUGCAGGUGGUAACUUAAGCCAAAACGUAUUUUUUUACAAUGUUAUGUUUUAAUGAACGCAAUAACCUUUGUGAU